AUUAGCAUGGGCUCGCCCUCCGUGUUUGGGAGACAUCGAAAACACCAUUCAGCGCCAACGCCACUUCUCUUCCACUAUUCUGUUUGUCUGAAAAAAGAGAGGGUGCCCCGCCAUUAAAACUCCCAUUUUAUUUUUACCAACAUUUGAAUACACCAUGAACAGCACCCGCUUUUCUUAAUCUAAAGCUUGCCCUUUUCCCCCCUAAACUCGACUAACCCAGUCUUAUUCUCAAACUACACCACCUUUUCUCCCUUAUCCUACACCUAUCCUUACAUUUUUUUGAGUAGUUUCUGACAUUAGAUAUGCAGUUUUAGUUUGUGGGCAAAGUUUGGUUUCUUCAAACUUCAGAGUAAGCCUUACAAGGGUAUAUACAAUGCCAGCUGAAGUCUCACAUUACUGGUCUGAGAAUGAUGCGAAUGAGAGAGAGGGGGACCUGGCCGUAGAAAAUGGUUUCGUAAAAGAAUCACAGUCAUCUCCUUGUUCAAGUGUUUCGACAGCUGAUGCGAUUCCGGCUCAAAAGGCAUCUGAAGGGAAAGAUUCUCUUUCAUAUGCUAACAUUCUUCGUUCAAGGAACAAGUUUGCUGAUGCUCUUUCCCUAUAUAACCGCGUCUUGGAGAAGGAUAGUGGGUGUGUUGAAGCCUAUAUUGGAAAAGGGAUAUGCCUGCAGAUGCAGAACAUGGGAAGGGCUGCCUUCGAGAGCUUUACAGAAGCCAUUAAGUUGGACCCUCAGAAUGCUUGUGCUCUCACUCACUGCGGUAUACUGUACAACUAUGAAGGUCGUUUGGUAGAAGCAGCUGAGUCUUAUCAAAAAGCUUUGAGUGCAGACCCUUCAUACAAACCGGCUGCAGAAUGCCUGGCCAUUGUUCUAACUGAUCUUGGAACUAGCUUAAAGCUUGCUGGCAAUACACAGGAGGGAAUUCAGAAGUAUUAUGAAGCUCUUAAAAUAGAUCCACACUAUGCUCCUGCGUACUAUAACCUUGGUGUCGUCUACUCUGAGAUGAUGCAAUACGACACGACCCUUAGUUGCUAUGAGAAGGCUGCACUAGAGAGACCUAUGUAUGCUGAAGCAUAUUGCAACAUGGGUGUCAUUUAUAAAAUCCGUGGUGACUUGGAAUCUGUCAUUGCCUGUUAUGAGAGAUGUCUAGCUGUAUCCCCUAACUUCGAGAUUGCAAAAAAUAAUAUGGCAAUUGCCUUGACAGAUUUGGGAACAAAGGUUAAGUUGGAAGGAGACAUUAACCAAGGUGUGGCAUAUUACAAGAAGGCAUUAUCUUAUAAUUGGCACUAUGCAGAUGCCAUGUAUAAUCUCGGGGUCGCUUAUGGUGAAAUGCUGAAGUUCAAUAUGGCAGUUGUCUACUAUGAACUUGCUUUCCACUUCAACCCCCAUUGUGCAGAAGAAUGCAACAAUUUAGGAGUAAUAUACAAAGAUAGAGACAACCUUGAUAAAGCUGUAGAGUGUUAUCAGUUGGCUUUGUCGAUCAAACCAAACUUCUCUCAGUCAUUGAACAAUCUUGGUGUUGUCUACACAGUUCAGGGUAAAAUGGAUGCUGCUGCUAGCAUGAUCGAGAAAGCUAUCAUUGCUUGUCCCACCUAUGCCGAAGCAUAUAAUAAUUUAGGGGUUCUCUACAGAGAUGCUGGCAAUAUAUCCAUGGCUAUUACAGCUUAUGAGCAAUGCCUUAAGAUAGAUCCUGAUUCUCGUAAUGCAGGACAGAACCGGCUGCUGGCAAUGAACUACAUAAAUGAAGGAGAUGAUAAACUUUUUGACGCUCACAGGGACUGGGGAAGGCGAUUUAUGAGGUUAUAUCCGCAGUACAAUUCAUGGGACAAGCCAAAAGAUCCGGAACGACCUCUUGUGAUUGGAUAUAUUUCUUCAGAUUAUUUCACUCAUUCCGUGUCUUAUUUCAUUGAAGGCCCUCUUAUUUAUCAUGACUAUGGGAACUAUCAGGUGGUUGUUUAUUCUGCGGUAGUGAAGGCUGAUGCAAAAACUAUUAGAUUUAGGGAAAGGGUCAUGAAAAAGGGUGGGUUAUGGAGAGAUAUUUAUGGUGUUGAUGAAAAGAAGGUUGCAAGUAUGGUUAGAGAGGACAAAAUUGACAUCUUGGUAGAGCUUACUGGUCAUACAGCCAACAACAAGUUGGGAACAAUGGCAUGUCGACCCGCACCAGUUCAGGUAACUUGGAUUGGCUAUCCCAAUACUACUGGUUUGCCUACCAUCGAUUAUCGAAUAACCGAUUCGUUUGCAGAUCCUCCUGAUACAAAGCAGAAGCAUGUUGAAGAGUUAGUUCGACUUCCAGAAUGCUUCCUUUGUUAUACUCCUUCCCUCGAGGCCGGACGUGUUUCACCGACUCCUGCUCUUGCCAAUGGGUUCAUUACAUUUGGCAGCUUUAAUAAUCUGGCAAAGAUAACACCCAAGGUUUUACGAGUAUGGGCGAGGAUAUUAUGUGCUGUUCCAAACUCCCGUCUCGUGGUAAAAUGCAAGCCAUUUUGUUGUGACAGUGUUCGGCAGAAAUUUCUCACAACAUUAGAGCAGUUGGGCUUAGAAUCACUCCGUGUCGAUCUUCUACCUCUAAUUCUUCUUAACCAUGAUCAUAUGCAAGCUUAUUCUCUUAUGGACAUCAGUUUGGACACCUUUCCAUAUGCCGGAAUGGCGACAACAUGUGAAUUUCUAUACAUGGGAGUCCCAUGUGUUACCAUGGCCGGUUCAGUACAUGCUCACAAUGUUGGUGUUAGUAUUCUCAGCAAAGUUGGGUUGCAACAUCUGAUAGCCAAAAAUGAAGAUGAAUACGUCCAGUUGGCACUACAACUAGCAUCAGACGUCACUGCCCUCCAGGACCUGAGAAUGAGUCUUCGAGACCUUAUGUCUAAAUCACCUAUCUGCGACGGACAAAACUUUAUCAGCGGUUUGGAGGCAACAUAUCGAAACAUGUGGUGCAGGUAUUGUAAGGGUGAUGUCCCAUCUUUACGGUAUAUGGAAAUGUUAGAAAAACAAGAUGCAGCGGACGGGUUAGCUGUCAAAACUGUUGAACCGGAAAAAGUCACAAUCUCAACGGACACCUCCCCUGGAGCGGUCAAGUCUAACGGAUUUAAUCAGGUCCCCUUACCUACUUUGAAUCUUACUACUUCUGAAGAGAACGGGAAUCUAUUGCACCAGGCUACAAAUCCAGGCAAGCUGAGCUGACAUCUAAAUUUCCGAUGCAUCGGUAGCACUUUCGGCGCUUUGUUGAACUCAGAAUCGAAUUCAUUAUGAUUUGCAACGUCGUAUUGCCUUCAAUAGUAUUUGUAUUUUAUAAUGAGAAAGACUGCCUGUGGAAGUCUGAAGUAUCGAUUGGGAAAAGAUGAUGCUACAACUAUCGAAUAUAGAUGCCCGAAUAUGUUUUGUAUUUUUUACGUCCCCGACUAGAGGGACUAUAGAAAUUCGGCCCUGGCUUCAUAUUACGAGGACAAUUAUUGUUUUGCUUAAGCAUUGCA